GCAUAAUUUCAUAUGGUAUUAGUGGCAGUGCGAUCGAUAUAUACAGUCAAGCGAGCACCCGGCUUAAUUAACUAGAGAGAGCUCUCCGCCGCUACCUUCGCCAUAUUUCUCUCCCCAUCGAUCCAUCCAUAUUUCUCUCUCCCCAUCGAUCUCCUCGAUCGUCCAGGCUCCUCCCUCAAUUAAUAAUAUUCUCUCUCUCUCUCUCUCUCUCUCUCCGCCUCCCCAAUUCCUGUCCUUUGGGGCGCCUCGUGCGUGUUGUACUCGAUCUUCCAAUUAAUUAAGCUAGCUAGCUAGUACUCAUUCUUAAUUGAGAUCAAGCGAGCAAGCGAGCGAACCAUCCCAUCGUCCAAAGUACAUACAUACAUACAUAGCUAGCGAGCGAGCGAGCUAUCUAGCUCGUGAUCGCUCCGGGCGACCGACCGACCGACCGACCGACCGACCGACCGAUAGUUCGUCGAUUAAAGAGAGUAAUUAAGGGAGUGUGAGGAUGUUGGAAAGGAAGGGUGCAGACGCCCUGCCUCUGGCCUCGCUGAACCACGUCUCCAUGGUUUGCAGAUCGGUUGAGAGGUCCCUCCAUUUCUACCACAAGGUACUUGGCUUCACCCCCAUCAGGAGGCCCGGCUCCUUCGAUUUUGAUGGCGCAUGGUUGUUCAAUUAUGGCAUCGGCAUCCACUUGCUGCAAUCUGAAGAUCCGGAGAGCAUGCCGAAAAAGGCGGAGAUUAAUCCCAAAGAUAAUCACAUCUCCUUCCAGUGUGAGAGCAUGGCCUUGGUGGAGAAGAAACUCAAGGAGAUGGAGAUAGAUUACAUCCAGCAGCGUGUGGAGGAGGGCGGCGUCUACGUGGAUCAGCUCUUCUUCCACGACCCGGACGGAUUCAUGAUCGAGAUUUGCAAUUGCGACAACCUCCCUGUGAUCCCCCUCGUCGUCGGCGAGCCUGUUAGACUUUGUAAGAGGGUCUCCCUCAUGAAGCAGCAGCAGCAGCAGCAGCAGCAGCAACAAUCGGCGCAGUUUCUGACCCCUGCCGCUGUUCAUGUCAGCGAGGACCCGCACAACAUUCCUUGCGCAUGAAAAGCAGGAGAUCGCGGAGGAGAGGGAUCGAUACUGCAAGUACAUGUAUAGGUCAAGGUCCAGCUGAGAUCGUACGUAGGUCCGUGCAACUCUUAAUCAGAAGUUUUAAGUUAUUUUAGAUUCGAUUGUGGUAAUUAACCUUCGGUGGGUAUAUAUGUAGUAGCAAUAAAUAAAGGGGGCGCACGGAGUGAUCAGCAGAAACUCGUCCUAUAUAUCUUUAUUUGUGGCAUUAAUUAAUAAAUAAUGUGAGGAAAUUAUAAAAGUGGUGAGAAAGUGGUGUAGUUAAAAAUCGAUCGUCAUGCCGUUUGUCUCGCAGCCUGUGUGGUUGUUUGGCUGUCUCUCUUUGUAAUUUGUUAAUUUGCUUGUUUGGAGUUUGCACGGUUCUAU